AUGGAUAUUAUUAAAAAGGCCAUCUGGGGGCCUGACCCCAAGGAGCAGUACCGCCGGUGCCAGAGCGCGCUGCGCAAAAACAAGCGGCAGAUUGAGCGGCAGCUACAGGACCUCAACGCCGUCGAGAAAAAGACAAAGACGCUCAUCAGAGCGGCCGUCAAGAAGGACGACAUGAAAACUGCCAAAAUGUACGCUCGCGAGUACAAAAACGUUGCCAAAACCAUCCAGCGCGUGACGGUCUCAAAAGUCACGCUGGAGUCGAUUGGCAUGAAGCUCGCCGAGCAGCAGCAGAUGAUCAAGCUCAAGGGCUCGAUGCAGAAGUCGACGGAGAUCAUGAAGGACAUGAACCAGCUGGUCCGGCUGCCCCAGAUCGGCCACACCGUGCAGGAGCUCAGCAGAGAGCUCAUGAAGAGCGGAGUGAUCGACGAGAUGAUGGACGAUAUGCUGGAAACGACGGACGUCUAUGAAGAAGAGGAGGACGAGGACGUCGACGAGGUGCUCAGAAACAUUCUGGACGAAAAACCCAAGACAGAGGUCCAAAUGCCGGAGAUGGUGCGGCCCGAGGAGCCGGAACCGGAGGAGGUGGACGACGAGCUGCUGGAGAACAUGCGCGAGCGGCUCAGCGCACUACAGUAG